GAAUUUAGAACUUAGAGUUGGUAAACCUUUUAUGGAAAACCGGCAGGAGGUUUCUUGUCAUUUAAACCUUCCAUUCUAAAGAGCUUAUUACUGGAUGGGGUGCAUAUAAUCAUGAAUCACACUUCUCCCUUGUUAAUUAUCGAAUAUGUAAUAUUAACCUUGUGGUUUUAGUUCACCCUCUUGAUUUAUAUUCUCUGUGUUGAUCCUCAUAACAUAAAAUUUUCAUGAUCCUGUUCAGAUAAAAACAAAUAAGGUCAGCACAUGCUGUUGCAUAUUGUUGAACCGCACACUGGUAAGAAAACUUCAGUUGCUUGACAUGGUUGACAUAACAGUUUGUGUUCUUGAAGUUUAAGAAUAAAUUUCUUGAAAAUAGGUGCUAUUUUGAAUUUUGAUAGGUUUAUAAUUUUCAAGGCCAAAGAAAAAGUUAAUGCAACUGGAAGCCGCAGAGAGAGCCAACUGCAACAAUAGGUGAAGCUAGUAAUUAACAAAAUCAGCUAUUACGGAAAAAAGCAUGCAACCGAUUUAAGAUAUGCUGAUGAGAAAUGCUAACAGCUAGUGUGCAUUUGCUUUUAGGUUAACUAGUUAUAUUAAUGUUUUUGACGUGCUAUACCCCAUAACCUACAAGUUACAUGCAACAUGUUAUGCUUGUUAGGCAGGAUAAAAAUAGAAAAAGAAAAUCUAUUGAUAUAUACACACCCAGCAAUAGUUAUUUCCACAUUAAAUGACUUAAGUUACAAAUGAGUUACCUGGUCUUAUUUUGUGAAUUUCAGGUUAUACCUCCACUAUGGUGCAAGUUAGAUAGGCUGUGGUUUCCACAUCCUGGAGUUCUAGAGGGUUCAAUUACCAGACAACCUUUCCUGUGCCCUUUAGACCAUGUGUUUGAGGUAUGUUGAAGCUGAUUGUAAUAGCUACUAGUUCAUUUGCUACUUUCUGCUGGUUAUAAUGGUUUGCAUCUUGAUGUAUGCUUCUGUAAUUUUGGGAGUAACUGGUAAAAAACUAUCACAGCUGCUGAAGUUUUUUCAAUUCACCAUGGUUAGAGCUUUGAAAUCCUGGAAUGCCUGGUUUGAUGGGAGUCUAAUUUUCAGUCAUAAGGAAUUAGUUGGCUCUUACUCUUGUCUCAAUGCUAUCUGUGGUGAAUUUCUCAUUCAUGCUAGCUAUUUCGUGAGGCUAGUUUAUUUGUGGAUGGACAGAUUAGAAUUCCAAGGUUUGGGGCCUACCUUGGUGAGCAAUGGUUUAAUUGCGUUAUCCAUCUUAGGUCCUUCUUAAUAUGCAGUUUUUAAUUUCUAUCUAUUUCAAUGGAAAAUAAUAAUAAUAACUGUGUAUUGUGAGGCUACAAUGUUUGAAGAUGUAGAGAGUUUGUUUGUGUCUAUUUGGAGUAGAUUGAUUGCCAAAGGGUGGUAUAAGUGGAUGGCAGCGAGAGUGAAAUCUUUCCCAUUUCACCGUCUACCUUAUCUGGAAGAAGCCCAAUAUCUACCUUGUGCGAGUAUAGUUCACCUAGUGGCUUCCAUCUAGUACUGGACUUAAUCCUUACUAUCUUUGCUUGUCCCUCAACAUCUUCUUCAUCACCUAUUGAGAUUUAUUAUGAGAUUUUAUAUAUUUUUUGUGGUCUGCUUAGUGCUUGCUGUGAUACCUUCAUGGAGCUCAAGGUGGUUAGGAAGGGGUCCCAUCUUUCAUUGAUGAAUGGAGAUGUUCUUUGCCUGGUGGUGUGCAGUUUAAUGUUGAACUUGUGCAUUUUUGAGAUGUCAAUAAUCAAUCUCUGCAUUCAACUAGAAAAAGGCAUCUCUGAAUUUGUUACCAAUGGAAGCUAUGCUUUCUAAUAAUUUCUAAUAUUUCCA